AUGCCUUCAGAGUUUGCUAGACAAUCAAAUCCGUCAAUAGACGGAUUUCAAUUCAUGGUUCAAUCUGAUACUGAGUCGUCCAUAGAUACGUCUGCCGGCACCAGUUAUACAAGCAACGAUGAGGACGAAAAUCCCAAUCCAUUGGAAGAACGGGCCCAUCAUUCAGAUAACGAAGCAGGGGGUAUGAUUCCAAGUGCAUCCCGGUUUAAUGCCGUCGAUUAUCUCAUCAACUCGUUAUAUAAUUCAUUAGAUUCAGUGGAACUUGAUCAAUCGUUGGUGCAGCAGUCUCAAAUAUCUGGAGAAAUGAAUAAUACAGCCAAUGAAAUCUCAAAAACGAUCAAGGAGUUGAAGCAAUCUUUGCAGGAGCAUAUAGAAAAGUAUGAGAAGCUAAAGAAGAGAAUAAUCCCUGAAAUUAUAGCCAAUCUCAAUCAGAGCUCCAAGAUAUCCAAGAAAUUGGCUGUUAAGAUGAAGACACAGUAUCCAGUUGAGUACUCCAAGAGUAAGGAUAAGGUUCUUAAUAGGCUAACUGAUGAAGAGCAAGAUUUAUACAUUUAA